AAGACUCCAUGCUCUCCUGAUUCUCCUCCCUCGCUUGCUGCCCCUUCUGUUUUCCUGGCUGUUUCCUCCUCUUCAUCCAUUCUUGGUGUUGGGGGGAGGUGGUGUGUUGGGUGUUGCGCCUCUGUCUGGACUCACUUCCUCAAUGAUCUCACCCCGUCUCAUGGCUUUAAAUACCAUCCAUAGGCCAUCAACCCCCAAAUUUACAUCUCCAGACCAGAUUUAUCCCCUGAACUUAUAGAGGCAGCUGUGGUCAUUCAGUUUCUCCACAGGGAGAUCCAUCAGGCAUUUCCAACUUAGUGUGCCCAAACCUUGGCACUUCCCCCCAAACCUCCUUCCCCUCCUCUAUCCGGUCAAAGGAUGCUCAUCUUUCCAGUUGCUUAGGCCAGGAGUUUGGUCAUCCUGGAACACUGUCUCUUGUACAUACUCAUAUCCACUCCAUCAGCAAGUUUUGUUGGCUCUAACUCCAAAACCUUACCAGAAUCUCCCCAGUGCCCACACCCUGGGCUACCUGUCACCUCCCAUCUGAACUAUCAGAACAGCCUCCCUGGUUCUCUGACUCUCCCCCCAGUUUGUCCCCAAAGGCAGUCACAGGGAUCCACCAGCUCUUCCCCUCCCACACAUGCACACAGGAAGCAGGUGGCCUUGUCACCAGCAAGAGUGACAUCCGCUAUUGCUGCCUCUCUAUUCCCCCACUGUUCCUCAGGACCUCUCUGGAAACAAAGCCCUUUGCCAGACCCCUUCCAGCCUCCAGCCUACCAUGGUCCCUUCAGGUGACAUCCUGUUCCUGCUUUUGCUCCCAGUGGCUGCCGCUCAGAUGACCCCAGGUUCCUGUUCCGGAUGUGGGCCCCUCUCCCUGCCACUCCUGGUGGGGCUCGUGGCCGCAGAUGCUGUUGUGUCACUGCUGAUCGUGGUGGUGGUGUUUCUGUGUGCCCGCCCACGCCGCAGGCCCACCCAAGAUGGCAAAAUCUACAUCAACAUGCCUGGCAGGGGCUGAGCCCUGGAACUCUGUAACUGAGACCUUUGACUUCUGACCCUCUCAUCCUGGAUUGUGUGUGGCGGCACAGGAAACCUACUCCUCUUUGAGGCUGGAAUAAAACAAUUGAAAUACCUCAA